CGGCGAAUUUACAGAGCAAUAGACAGACAGAGGUCAAGAAAAUAAGGGGGAAAAAUGGAGCCAAACGGAGGCGGCGGUGGCGGAGGUCCUGCGCCUUUCCUUCUGAAGACGUACGACAUGGUGGACGACUCGUCGACGGACGAAAUCGUGUCGUGGAGCUCCGGCGAGAGAAGCUUUGUCGUCUGGAAUCAACCGGAAUUCGCACGCGUCCUGCUUCCUACCUAUUUCAAGCACAACAAUUUCUCCAGCUUUAUAAGGCAGCUUAACACCUAUGGGUUUCGGAAGAUUGAUCCUGAGAGGUGGGAAUUUGCCAACGAAGACUUUGUGAAAGAUCAAAAGCAUCUGCUUAAGAAUAUACAUAGGAGAAAACCAAUUCACAGCCACAGUCACCCUCAGGGAUCUUUAGUUGAUCCAGAGAGAGCAGCUUUUGAAGAAGAAAUGGAGAAGCUUUUGCGUGAUAAAGCUACACUUGAGGCUAAUGUUAUCAGGUUCAGAGAGCAGCGAUCUACUGCAAAGAUUCUGUUGGAUGACCUGACUCAGCGAAUUGAUGGUAUGGAGCAUAGGCAAGAUGGUUUGUUGAAGUUCAUAGAAAAGGCUGUUCAAAACCCUAUUCUCCUUGAGAAUCUUGCUUGCAAAAUUGAAACUAUGGAUAUCUCAGCAUACAAUAAGAAAAGACGAUUGCCUCAAAUUCAUAGCUCAAAGCCAUCUGCAGAAAGUAGCCUUUUAGACAACAAUACUAGUUCUAGAGCUGAGUUUGGAAAUGUCUUCCGCAAAGAUUUCUCAAACAAGUUAAGACUAGAAUUGUCUCCAACUGUUUCAGAUAUCAACUUGGUUUCACAGAGUGCACAGAGUUCCAAUGAAGAUGGAAUGAGCCCACAUAGGAUAACAUCUGAAGGAGAUCCAAAGAAUGCACCAACAAGAACAGGUUUUUUGUUUCCAUCUGAGACAGUAGAGGUCUUAGACACUGGAACUCCGUUUGCAUUCAAAACAUGUUCAUCUCUCCAACAAAAAGAAGCAGUGAAUGGAAGCCCGAGAGCACAUUCCUCCCAACAGAGAUUGGCUUCCAAGGAUGAAGUUGAUGGUCAUAUUUCAUGCCAACUAAAUCUAAGUCUGGCAUCCUCUCCUUUGCAAAUCAACAUAAGCCCUCCUUCAACUAGGAUGUCCCUACCAAAUCAAAAUAUUGAAUUAUCCCCAGAGACCAUGUCUCUCUCUAGGACCAAAGAAUCUGAUGCUGGAGCAUUUCAGAAUGACAGGAACAUGGGUGAUGUGGAAAAACCAUUAUCUUCCUUGAAAGAAGUCCCAAAUAAGAAUCAAGAGCAAGCAGCUCCUCCAGUUAGGGUGAAUGAUGUAUUUUGGGAACAGUUUCUCACUGAAAGACCUGGUUCUUCUGAGAAUGAGGAAGCAAGCUCUACUUACAGGGCAAAUUCAUAUGAAGAGCAAGAAUAUAGACAGCAUAGCGACAUGCUACCUAAAAAUGCUAAGAACAUGAGGCAGUUCAACCUUUGAGCAUUAAAGUUGCAGUUAGUUGAGUUACAGUUUUGUACUAAAGUCUUUGUGAAAUUCACUUUGGAUAAGAUAUAUAGGAGUGCUGGACACAUUAACCAUGUAUAUUUGUUUACAUUAAAGUAAUGGUGAAAUUGACUAGAUACAUGGGGAUUGCUGGUUGUUUAUGUUUAUCUCAGUUGCAUUUGUGGGAAGAGACAGCGCACUGGUGUCAUGCAAAUUAGGUGUUUUGAGGUGAACCACCAUGGGUCUUGGUGGCUUUAGAGGAAGCCUCGCCAUUUAUCUGGUUAUAAUUUAAACCUGCAAGUAAUAAUAGCAGUGGAGGCAGAAGUGUAAAACCACAAUUACAAGUUUUUAACUUCUUUAGUUUUAUAUAGGUUAAACCCUCAAUUUGAUC